CGCACGCGUGAAUUGUUAGUUCGCGAACGCACCCCCCCACCACCACCACCACACAGACAAAGGUCCCCCGUGUAGCCUCCCCACCACCACCACCACACGGCCGCCGAGGCAAAGUGCAGUUAGCGAGCGCCUAUUGACGGUCGGCAAUGGCGCGCGACGUGGUGACGGCGGUGCCGGCGCUGCCCUGGACAUCGCCGCGUCCGGCCGUCUUUGUUUCCCCGGCGCCGAUGUUGUCGAGUCUGCGGUAAUCGCCACUGAUGGUGGCCGUGAGAGGCGGCGGUGGCGGCGGUGGUGAUUCGCGGCCCAUUUCGUCUCCGAACGCCGUCGAGCCGUGGACAGGGAACUCGCCGCCGUCCCCCCCCCCCAACACCAGCGGCUGCCUCCAGAGAUGUCGGAUUCGCGGAGAGGCGGAGGAGCCGAUGCUGCCCACGCGGAGGUGAAGAUGGAGGAAAACAGCGAUGAGGACAUGGGUGAGGUUAGCAGUGGAGCUCCAGCACAGCAGCAUCGGUCACCAUGGAGAUGUGUGGGAAAAGAGGGACCUGGAGUUGGGGAAGAGCUCGAGGGAGGGGACGAGGGAUGCGGUGGUGGCGAGGGCUGGCAGGAGGAACCCAGAAACGUCGCUCUCUCCUGCGUUGAGGUGGAGGACGACUGCCCGGGAGAUGGAGCUGCUGUGGAGAACGGCAAUGCGGAGGAGGAGGGGAGUGGCUGGAGUCAUCGCGCACCCAUGGUCAAUGAGGGCGACGCAGAGGAGAGCAGCGACAGUAGCGAUGAUGAGGAGGACGAGGAAAAGGAAGUGAGGCUGCAAGUGUGCGGGGUUUGCUGGAAGGAGUUCCCCCGGCUGUCUUGCUUGAAGCGGCACCUGACGUCGCACACAGGUGAGAAGGCAUUCCCAUGCAUCGCUUGCGGAAAGAACUUCUCCAGCACGUCGUCGCUCAACAGGCACCGCAAAACGCACGAGGAGGUGAAGCCAUUCGUGUGCACUGUGUGCGAGAGGCAGUUCUCGCACUUGGACUACCUGAGGAGCCACCAGCGCACGCACACCAAGGAGAAGCCCUACGCGUGCAGCAAGUGCGGCAAGGCGUUCACACGGCUCACGUACGUGAGGGAGCACGAGCAAGCGCACACCGGCGCGAGGCCGUACGCGUGCGAGCUCUGCGGGAAGACGUUUCCCUACAAGACCAACAUGAAGAUACACAUGAAGAAGCACGGCGAGAAGAAGGAGGUGUAACGCCCUUCAAGCCGGGGGCUGGGGAAAUUUCUCCUCCCUCUCUUUUCCACUACGCAACCGGGCCGUGCCGUGGCCAUGCCAUCGCCGGUUGGGUCAAAAGGCGCCAGGUUGUUUUUGCGCUGCCGACGUUUGCGGCAAUGGAAGAAGCCGAGACGUGUGUAGAUACUAAAACUAAACUUUCUUUUUUUGUCCAGGUAAGGCCCCACUGAGCUAUUUCACUCUUUUUAAGAAGCGACCUAGCCACAACUGAUUGCUCAACGAAGUGGCUUUAUCAUGUGGACAUUUAUAGCAGCCAAAUGCUUUAAACGCAUGUUGAUUCUAAAUGUGGAGAGAAAAACCAGAGGACCUGGAGAAAAAUACACGCGACUGUGGGGAGAACAUGCAAACUCUAAUUAAACAAACGUCAGGGUCUGGAUCAAACCCAUGUACUCCUGCAUACCAGGCGAGGUAGCUAACAUCUCGCCACUUCGGUGAUGCCGUGUCCUCACAGUGUACCGAUUGACGUUGCACGCAACCGACGUGUUAUUAAACUUAUCCCUGGCCUUGCUUGGCUCCGAGCAAGAUACAGAUGUCUUGUGAAUCCAGUGUAUCACAGUUUGGUGUCAGUUUGACUCGGAACAUAGUGGAAAAGCACUGUAUUGUGCUUUUCCACUAACUUGCCGUUAAAUUUGGCUGGUCCAUUUGUAUUUGCCCAUUCAUCUCAUCCGAGGCCUCGACCUGUUGUUUAACUUCCCCAAGAAAAAAUCCCGGGUGUCCACCUCCGAUAUUUUAUGGCUAUAGAGGUCUGCAUAAUACUCUCGUGCAACCUCAACAACACCUUCCGUCUGUGUCUGCCUACCAAGGCUAGGGCUAUCGAGCUCAUGGAUGACACUGUUGGGUUUCCUGCACUUUCUAAAAAAGAAACGCGUACACUUUUCUCCCUCUUCCACUGCCCUAACUCGUGCCCUAAAAACGAACUGGCCUGCCUGAUUUUCAAGUGACAAGGAAAUCUUGUCUUUUAAAUCCCUUAUUUCGUCAACCAUAGGAAAGCCUAAUUCCAGCAACCGGUAUGCAUUCUCCAGCUUGUCAUUUAAGCCCUUCAUCGCAUUCCCAACACUCAUCCUUUUGCUGUGUGCCUGAUAGAAACCCCUAGUCCGACUUUUAACCAUCUCCCACCAUUCAGCCAUGGUGCCGAAAUAACACUGUAGGCUCCUCCAUUCUUCAUAAUGUUGAAUGAAGGCCCGCGCCAGCUUCUCAUCUUCCAGGAAACUCGUGUUAAUUUUCCAGAUCCCUUUCCCUAACAUUACUCCACCCGGGAUUUGAAUCCUCGCCAUAACCAAUUUGUUAUCCGAAAAAGAGACUGGCACAGUCUCCACAUGCUCUGCUGUAAUCUUAGCAGAAACAAAAAGAAAAUCAAUUCUCGAAUGCAAAGAUCCUGAGCUACUGACCCAGGUGAAACCAGGAAGUGCUGGGUGCAAACACCUAAAAGUAUUUCUAGAUUUGAAGCUUUCGUGACUGCAAGGACUCAUAUUCUUGGGUUUAUUCGGUAAAGUCACGUAGGUGAAAAAUUUAAAUUAAUAAAAGUAAAAUAAAAUAAAAAUCACGACGUUUCGGAGGCAACACAAGCUUCCGUCUUCAGGUGGAACCGUCACAUCACGCUUGCUGUAUCAAGUAAAUGAGAAAUUCCAAGAGAUCCGACCCCGUAUAUAUACUGGUUGAGGGGGGAGGAGCCAGGACAGGCCCCCUUUUUAUUAUUAUGGUAAGGUUGGUGCGGCUGAAACUACAGCUAGUCUACAUAACAAAGGACUGAGCCUUUGUUAUGUAGACUGGCUGAGAGGGGGGGGUGCCAGAGUUGUUAAAGUGCAACUGCUGCUAAUGGGACCGAGCCCCUGCCAUGUAGAUGGUAAAAGCAAAAAAGCAGGUCAGGAAGAAACAGCCUCCUGCUAUGUUGCUUGGUGGGUAAAACUUAAAGCAGGAAACCAGCGUGUGAAAAAAGAAGCUAAACAUGAUAAAACAAAACUGGCUGUCUAUCAGUAAACUGUACAGUAACUAAAGAAUAGUCUGUCAAAUAAGAUGGUCCAAAUAUGUGUAGUUAAAUCUUUUUUGCAUGGUUAAUAACAUCUUUCCAAUGAUUACUCAGUUUGUACCCAUCAUCACGGUUGAAAUUAUGUCUGUGUUUGUAAAUUUGUAUGGCUUCGUGAACAAACCUUUGAUGGUAGCCAGGAGGUUUGCAGAGCACCUUGGUUUCGGAAAAGACAAUUUCAUGAGAGCCCACAGCGUUGUAGCAAUGAUCGGAAAUGGCGAUCAGUCAAAUCAAAAUCCUUGACUAAAGCACUGAGCUGUCUAGAAGAAGGAUCUAUCCUCCGACUCCCAGUGGCAGGCAGAACGUCUGAUAAGCUGAGUGGGCAGUUGAAAUCUCCACCCAGAACAACAUGUCUCUGUGUGACCAGCAGGGCAGAUAUAUUUCCCCACAGCUCCACUCACUCCGAACACUGCGUAGGAGCAUAUACAUUAAUUAGACGUACUACAGUUCGUCUAUAUAUGGCAUCAACAUAAUGCAGUCGGCCAGUAACAACUUCCUGGGCCUUCUGUACUCCCACACUUCGGCUUCUUAUGAGGAUGGCAACCCAAGCAUCUGUUAGCAUUGCUCCCAGACCAAAAACAUUGUCCAUCCCAGGAUUCAGUCAGUUUUGCCUGGUCGAGGGAAUAAGGCAGGUGACAUUCCUGAAAUAAAUAAAUGUCUCUAUUUAGAGUCCGCAAAUAAUUAACCGUUGCUUUACGUUUAGCUGCUCCCUAGAUUCCCCGCAUGUUGACCGAUGCAACAGAGAGUGCCAUAGCUAAGGGUGUUUAGUCCGGCUCAGCAGAAAAGUCUUCCAUCAAUGAAUAGCAAUUUUCAUCAACAAGAUCCAACAAACUCGGCAUUCCCAGAUUUCGGGAAAGACCCAAUCUCUUGACUCAGCUUAGCUGUUAUCUCUUCUUCGGAUAAAGCCAAGUUUUCUGUUGAAGAGUCAGACAAUUGGGGGAAUUUCCCGGAAAUAGACCAUGAUGAAGAAAGCACUCGGUGUUCUCCUCUUCCUAUUUGCUUUCUGCCAGCCUGUCCUCACGAAUGACACUCUCUUGUCAACUUUCUUCUGCCGUUCUCCAUCGUCCUCUGCUGUCUCAACUUCCACUGCCCAGUCAGCCACAGUUGGCUCAGAGACUGCCUCCUCCAUCACAUUGGCCUUGGAGCUUCCUGCUGACUUUGGAGAUGCUCCCCCAUCCACAGCUCCUCUCUUUUCUCCUGCUCGAAUAGUGGCGUUUUCUGGAUGACUGUCGCUCCAUCAACAUCGUCAGUAGCCAAAUUAUGUGGAGUGUGCUCCAACAAAGGUUCAGCUUUCUCUCUGCACCCUCCAUCAGCGGCCUGGUUUUUACACGCCCGGACCAUAUUUACAUAUGAUUCAGGGCAGUUCCGGUAUAAAUGGUUUUUGCUUCCACAAAUGUUGCAUUGCGCUGGGGCUUGGCAAUUAUCCACUGCAUGAUCCAGAGACUUGCAGCGGUAGCACACUCGUGCUUCACAUGCCGCUGCUAGAUGACCCCGUCCACCGCACCUUCUGCAGAGCUUGGGUUGGCCUUCGUAGACAACGAAGCCUUUACUACCACCAAUGUUGAGGGUGCUCGGAAUGUAUUGCAGGGCACCAACGGCAGCUCUUAGCCUCACCCGCCACUGUCUAGCACCAGUCCAGAUGCCCAGUGAGUCCUGGACGCGUUUGCAGUUUGACAACAGAUGGCAAUGCUGUCGCAGCCAGACCUCCACAUCAUGAUCCGGUAGCGAUUAAUUUUACAAAAAGACCGUCACCAUUUUCGCGUCCAAUUCUGACAGUAAAUGCAGCUUGAGCAGAGACAGGGGCCUCUCGCCUGCUUUUUCCUCAAAACGUGUCAGAAAGCGUUGUAGUGAAUUGCUCGUCUUAAAACUGACAUCAAAGGCUCUGCCGCCCGGCAAAGCUAUCAAACAAAAUAGGUCCAUGGGCUCAAAUUGCAACAUUCCCAUAACCGUACGUUCGCACAAAAAUCGAGCGGUCCAUAGUCACCUCUUCCGUCACCUCCUCCUUGAAGGCAACCCGGACACAGUUGUGGCGUCUGGCACGACCCGGUGUGAAGCCUGCUCCCUGCCCACCGCGCCGACACCCUGCACGUUCCUGGUGCUGUUCCGCCGAUGCAGGUUCUGCAUUCACCUUAGCAGUCUGUGCCCCCUGGCCAGCAGACUCCCCAAUGUCCGUAGCACUCCUGUCGAGGCCAGCAGGCACGUCCAGCCUCCCCAGCAGCUGCCUCCCCUCAGUCGAGACUGACCCUUGAGCUGUGGCAGCUUUCACCUCCGCAGCAGUCGACGUGGCUUGCUCAUCCCGGAUAAUCUCCACAGCUUGGCAGUUCUCCAUAUCUAUUGGCAAAGCACCCACUGGCCUGACGGCCAGGGUACCCGCCUCUCCACGGAAAUUUUUAGUAAAGGUAUUUAAAAGCUUUUAUUUCAGUUAUAUACAGUCAACAGUUUAAAAAUAACAACAACCCACGAGAUGGACAUUGCCACCAAUACAGAAUCGCCCACAGUUCCACAACACAUGGAAAGUACUGACAACCACAACACUCUUUCCUGGUCUAUCAGAUAUAUAGCAAACAAGAAUCCGCAAUUGCCGACCCGAGUCUCACUCCUCAAUUCCCAGUACUAUGGCUAUUUUUUAUAAGUGCUGCCUGUAUCAACAUGUGCGGCAUGGAAGCGGAGGCCACUGCCAUUUCUUUUUUGCUGCCUCACUGCGCAUUCUUACCCUAUCCACCUCCACCACCCGCCAAAGCAGCCUGCAGGUUAGGCGGUAAACAUCUGAAGGUGGCAUACAGUGAGGGAAAAAAGUAUUUGAUCCCCUGCUGAUUUUGUACGUUUGCCCACUGACAAAGAAAUGAUCAGUCCAUAAUUUUAAUGGUAGGUUUAUUUGUACAGUGAGAGACAGAAUAACAAAAAAAAAUCCAGAAAAACGCAUGUCAAAAAUGUUAUAAAUUUGUAAUAAAGGUCGCGGAGGCAACUUCUGGAAUCAGGUUUGUUUAUUAGCUUUCUGGGCUGGGUGUAAACACCUAAAAGUAUCAGUCAAAUCUAAAUUCUUGACUAAAGCACUGAGCUUUCUAAAGGAAGGAUCUAUCCUCCAACUCCCAGUGGCAGGCAGAACGUCUGAUAAGCUGAGUGGGCAGUUAAAAUCUCCACCCAGAACAACAUGUCUCUGUGUGACCAGCAGGGCAGAUAUAUUUCCCCACAGCUCCACUCACUCCGAAGACUGCGUAGGAGCAUAUACAUUAAUUAGACGUACUGCAGUUCCUCUAUAUAUGGCAUCGACAUAAUGCAGUCUGCAAUGCUAACAUUGCUCCCAGACCAAAAACAUUGUCCAUCCCAGGAUUCAGCCAGUUUUGCCUGGUCGAGGGAAUAAGGCAGGUGACAUUCCUGCAAAAAAUAAAUGUCUCUCCUUUAGAGUCCGCAAAUAAUGAACCGUUGCUUUACGUUCAGCUGCUCCCCAGAUUCCUCGCACGUUGACCGAUACAACAGAGAGCGCCAUGGCUCAGGGUGUUUAGUCCGGCUCAGCAAAAAAGUCAUCCAACAAUGAAUAGCAAUUUUCAUCAACAAGGUCCAACAAACUCUCGGCAUUCACAGAUUUCGGGAAAGACCUUAGCUUAGCUGUUAUCUCUUCUUCGGAUAAAGCCAAGUUUUCUGUUGAAGAGUCAGACAAUUGGGGGAAUUUCCCGGAAAUAGACCAUGAUGAGGCACUCGGUGCUCUCCUCGUCCUCUUUGCUUUCUGCCAGCCUGUCCUCUCGAAUGACACUCUCUUGUCAACUUUCUUCUGCCAUUCUCCAUCGUCCUCUGUCGUCUCAGAGGACAGCAGCUCUGAGCCUCAGCCGCCACUGUCGAGCACCAGUCCAGAUGCCCAGUGAGUCCUGGACGCGUUUACGGUUUGACAACAGAUGGCAAUGCUGUAGCGAUUCAUUGUACAACAAGACCGUCACCAUUUUCGCAUCCAAUUCUGACAGCAAAUGCAGUGGUAUAUACCCACGGGCUAUAUGCAGAAAAAUACGGUAUUCGCUCUGAAGAGAAACCAGAGUAAAGCUUAGGGCCACCACUCGUAGGUACUUCUAUGAACACACUUUCUAUUUAUCCUAUGGGGCCUUUACUUGGUGACCACCUUUUAAUUAAAUUUUACUUUCAUAAUAUUAAAUAUUCGUAUAUUACAUCUUUAAAUUAGUGAUCCUUUCAUUAUUAUUCAUCUGUCUACGCGAAGGUUAUUGAAGUUAAAGAAAUAGUAUACAUA